UAAACCUAAUCAAAGAAGAUUACCAGCUAGGGUACAGGGUUAGUUAUUGGUAUCAUUGGUUACGGUUUGCGAGCUAAAAUGGCACGUCAGAUUACACAAUUAGACCUUAACCUCGCCAAGACUGAUCAUGAAGAGAAGUCGACAUCCAAGCAGCAGCGAAGACUCUGACAAUGGAAGUAACUCCACUUCUUGGUCGCAACAUUCUAAACUCAGGAGAACCAAUGGGAUGAAGCCCGCAGAGGUGUUCAGGACAGACUUCAUCACGGCCAUGAAGCUCCAUGACAAGUACCAACUGAACCCUGAGGAUUACUUCAUCCUGGCCGAUCCCUGGAGACAGGAGUGGGAGAAGGGAGUCCAGGUCCCUGUCAGCCCUCACAUCAUUCCCCAGACUGUAGCCCGGGUGGUCGCUGAAAAGGGGACGGAGGUGAUGUUCUUGAAGCCCAAGAAGUGGAUCUGUUCUGGGGGUUCAGAGGCACUGGGGUACGUGGACAUCCAGACCCUGGCUGAGGGGACGUGUCGUUACGACCUCAACGACACUGACGUGGCCUGGCUGGAGCUCAUCAACCACCAGUUCACUCUGAUGGGCAUGGCUGUGCUGGAUGAGACCACCAUGGAGAGAGCGAUGGAGGAGUUCGAGCGGCGUUGCUAUGACAGAAUGAGACAUCCCAUUGCAACGGAGGAGGGGUUUGGCAUGGAGUACGAAGAAGACGUCGUGUGUGACGUGUGUCGGUCACCUGACGGCGAGGACAACAAUGAGAUGGUGUUCUGUGACAAGUGCAACAUCUGUGUUCACCAGGUGUGUUAUGGGAUUCUGAAGGUACCAAAGGGGAGCUGGCUGUGUCAGACCUGUGCUCUCGGCAUCUCGCCCAAAUGCCAAGUCUGCCCCAAGAAGGGCGGGGCCAUGAAGCCCACCCGCAGCGGAACCAAGUGGGUCCACGUCAGCUGUGCUCUGUGGAUCCCCGAGUGUUCAGCUGAAAGCUGUCGGACAGCGUUCCAUGUGAGCUGUGCCUUAGACAGCAGUCUGGAGAUGAACACCAUCAUCAAAGAGCAGGAUGAGGUCAAGUUCAAGUCCUUCUGCCCCAAACACUCUGGUCUGGUGGGAGGAGAGGACGGCAAGGAGGAGGGGAGGAGGGGAGGGAGACUGAGAGGAGAUGAAGUUCUUAACCCCCCUGUCCCUCAUCCAGUCCCCAACCCAGUGGAGGCCCUGAGCCUCCGUCACAUCAGACUACAGCAGCUGGAGGAGUCGUCACACCAGUUAGUUGAUGUAAAGGAGGUGUCCCAGGCCCUGCAGCUGAACCAGGAGACAGUCCACUUCAUGUAUCAGUACUGGAAGCUGAAAUGCCAAGCCAAUCACAGCCAGCCAUUGCUGACCCCCCAGAUGGAGGAGGAGAGUCUGGCAAGGAGAGAGCAUGAUGUCGUCCUCCACCAUCUGUUUCCCCGGGGGAUGGGUCAGGGUGCUGCGCCUACGCCUCCCAGGCCGGCCACACCCAGACAGCUGGCUAUUGGCCGAUUGUCUCCAGCUGCAGAGGGGAGGAGCCACCAAAGAGGUGGAUGACUAACUCCUAACCCAAUACCAGCAGGUGUAUCUCGAACCAUUGAAAUAAAUCCGGAGUGCAGCGUU